AUGAGAUGCAAAGCUAUAAAAACAAUUGUGGCGGUAAUGCACAGCUUCGGAGAAGGAAGCGCACAUCCAUCUCACCUUCCUAUACCUGCAAUUCUCGCCUAUGAUGAGACGUACGAUAAUGCGAUCAAGUGCCCCUAUAUCAUACAGCGAAGAGCAGCAGGAGACGAUUUGAAGGAAUGGUAUAAAGUUCUCGAUUCGCAAGUUCCGGCGACUGGCCCGUAUGAUUUGACGGAUAGAUUGAGAAUUGCCGAGGAAAUCGCAAAGUUUCUUGCGCGCACGGAAAAUGGUAGCCAGCUUCAGGUGUAUGGAACUUUAAUUAAUGGAUUGGGUAUGUUAGCGAAGGAUAUAGAAUUUUCGGGAGAGAAAAUGGAGGUAAGAAUUAGAGGGCCAUCUGUUGGUACUGUGCAGAUUCCGAGUUUAUUACAUCAUAUUGAUAUGAUUGAGCGUCUAAUCGAAGCUUGGAUCAAGAUUUUGAGUCCAGGAGCGGGUGCUGCUCAAGCUGAGUAUCAGAAUGUGGUGGAAUUGAAAGGAAUCUUUCAGCAGAUGAAACAAGAGGGACGUUUGGAUCGGGUCAGUUCUGCGGCUACGCUCUGGCAUCAGGAUCUCUAUCCACGAAAUAUCAUGUUUAAUCGUGCUGGAGUGGCUAGAGAGCUGAAGUUGACGGCAGUGAUUGAUUGGGAUGGUGCGAUGGUGCUUCCUCGAAUCAUGACACGAAGACCCCCCCAUUGGCUCUGGAAAUAUAACGAACUUCACGAAAACCAUCGCAAAAUCAUUAAAAACCAUUUUUAUACCUAUAUGGAGCGAUUAGUCCCGGGAUAUAGAGAGGAUGCGGAGGGAAGAGAGGCGAGAGUUGUGAGGGCACUUUAUGUGUAUGCGUUUUGGGGACCAGAGUAUGGAUACCAUACUGAGCUUUCGUUUAAGGAAUUGCUAAAGGAAUGGGAAAAGAUGGGGGUGGAGGAAAUGUUUUGA